AUGGACAGAUCAGACCCCAACUUCAAGUCGCUGUCAUUAAAAUGCCGAGAAGAGGUCGAAAAAGACCAGGAAGAAUUCGCCAGUUCCCGCUUUCUGAGCGCCGCGAAUCAAGGGCGUCAAGGGCCUGAAAAGGGUGGCAAGGGACAUUCAAGAAUACAAGUCCUUCAUCCCCUGCCUCAAAUCUCCGACGACCGGCGGAAGAAUCACUUCAAGGACAAAGAUAGAGCAGGAGAUCCAGCAGUUCUACCAGAAACAAUUCAGUUAGGCUGGGCCGGACACGUGGCACGAAGGACAGACAACUGGUGGGCCACUCUGACGCAAGAAUGGAUUCCAAGAGACACGAAGCGACCGGUCGGCAGACUGCCGAUGCGAUGGAUCGACGCCCUCGACAAAGAAGUCACCAUCCGACAAGGAAACCGAGUGGUCCCAUGGAGCACGAUUGCCAAAGAUCGGAAGGCGUGGUGUGCUGUGAUCCGCGCCCACACAACGUGA